CCAUUGAUUCAAGCACAAGCUACGAACCCCGAACCGCAGCUACGAACGAACGAACGAACAAGACGAAAGCAACGGGCACCGCAGGCACAACAUGAACUUCCAACUCCCCGCCCCCACGCACCGCAAGCGCACCCUCCCGCAGGGCGAACUCGAGGCGGCGUCGACGCUGCGCCUCGGCGCGGACCAGAACACCCAUACGCUGUCGCUGUCCGAGGCGCGGCUGGUGAUCAACAAGGUGUUGGAGAAUAAGCGGCGCGGGGGGAAGAAGUAUGAGGAGCCUGAAAACCUCACGAAAACCCUGGACUACCUGGAGGUGUUUGCGCGGUUCAAGGACGAGGAGAACAUCAAGGCGGUCGAGCGGUUGUUGAACUCGCAUACGGAGUUGGAGAUGUUUGAGCGGUCGCAGCUUGGCAGUCUGUGCUGCGAUAAUGCGGAGGAAGCGAAAUCGCUCAUCCCCAGUCUGCAGCAUAAGAUCUCGGAUGCGGAUUUGCAGGAGCUGUUGGAUGAGUUGACUAAGUUGCGGAAUUUCACGGAGUAGAGGUGAGGUGGCUGUUAUCUGCUUCGGGGGUUUGGCUUGAAGGUUUGGGAGGGGGACAGGAAAUUCUAGCAUGGAGUUCUGGUGUUGUUUUUUUUUUUUUUUUUUUUUUUUUUUGUUUCUUGUCUUGUUGUUGAUGUGUUGGUCAAUUUGUUUAUGGCAAGGGAAUCAUGUCGUCAUGGGAUGGGCAGAAAGUGUAGACUACUACUAGGUCAAGACUCGUACUGUGUAUAUAGUAGAUGUGAUGUACUCUAGUAUCCAUGAUGACCCCAAAAAUCUCUUAAAGGCGAUCGCAUCGUUCGGAAAGUCAAUCAAAUCGCCGGAUGU